AUGGUUUGUUGCAUCGCCAUCGUCUUCAAGAAAAUCUCGAUCGCCACAUCGCCGGAUUACAAUCACCUCCGGAAAAGCCUUCAGGAUGUGCUUCUGAGCAUGAGAUUUGGAUUAACCCGAGAUCUCCUUCUAAAACGAUCAUCAUUCGCCUACUAUUCCGGAUCUCGAGAACAACAUCCCAUCACCAUGGCGACCAAGAGCGACAAGACUUCGACAACGGAGGUGAAAGAUAAGGUAGUGGAGGAUAAGAAGAAGGAUAAUGAUAAGAAGGAGGAGGUAUCACUCCCUCCGCCGCCGGAGAAACCAGAGCCUGGCGAUUGUUGCGGCAGCGGUUGCGUCCGAUGCGUUUGGGAUGUGUAUUACGACCAGCUCGAAGAAUACAAUAAGCUUUCUGCUUCCACUCCUCCUGGAGAUUCUAAAUCCAAUUGA